GCCAUUUUGCUUGGGGUCGAGAUCGACUAUGCCUCGACCCUACCGGAGGCGGAUAUUCCAGCAUGGCUUGGGCUUCUGAAUGCCGUCAUCGUUUGCGUCUUCGUUCUAGAGAUCAUCCUCAAGUUGAUUGCUUAUGGCUGCCGUGGCUUCUGGCGGGGACCGCAGGCCUGGUGGAAUAUCUUCGAUUUCUUCAUCGUCGCCGUCUCUGCGUUGGAGACGGUGCUGGAUCUGUGGGCUCGGAGCUUGGUGGCUGCCAUCUGGGGCUCCGAUGCCUUCUCAGUCGUCCGGACUAUGCGGCUGGCGCGUGCUCUUCGCGGGAUGCGUUUUCUUCGAGUCUUCCGCUACUUCAGCGCACUGAGGGUGCUCGUCCUUUCCAUCGUGAGCACUAUCAACUCCCUGCUGUGGACUAUCGUGCUGCUUUUCAUCAUCUUCUACAGCUUCGGCGUCAUCCUGACGCAGUUGGUCACCGACUACUGCCGCUUCCUGGCAGUCGAGGCGAGCAACAACAUGAAUGCAGUUCCGGAGUGUCCAGCCGAGCUGGACAAGUAUUGGUCCAGCAUCGGCCAGAGCAUGCUGACGCUCUUCUAUGCCAUCACCAACGGGGUUGCCUGGUCAGAUGCAGUCCGCCCGCUGGAGGAUGUUUCUCUUCUGGCUGUUGCCUUCGUGAUCUUCUACAUCAUCAUCAGUGUUUUCACGUUGCUGAAUGUGGUGACAGGCGUCUUCGUGAACACCGCCAUCGAGCGGGCAAGUGCGGACAAAGACAUCGCCGCACUGAAAGCUUUCCAGAAGCGCAAGGAGCAAAUCCAGGUGCUGCGGCACGCCUUCGAGGCGAUGGACCACUGGCAGACGAACAAUCUGAAGAUUAAGGACAUUGAGGAGGCGAUGGGCUUGGAAAGCGUCGGUGC